AUGAAACGUGAAUCGUGUGAACACCGCUGUCAAAACCUUUCUCCUACAACGUCGACGACAUCUACAACAGUUCCUACAACUACCACAACAUCUACAACAGUUCCUACAACUACCACGGCAUCUACAACGACCACGACAUCUACAACAGUUCCUACAACUACCACGGCAUCUACAACAGCUCCUACAACUUCCUACAACAACCACGACAUCUACAACAGUUCCUACAACGACCACGACAUCUACGACAGUUCCUACGACCACCACGACAUAUACAACAGUUCCUACAACAACCACAGCAUCGACAACAGAUCCUACUACAACCACGGCAUCUACAACAGCUCCUACAAGGACCAGGACAUCUACAACAGUUCCUGUAGAUCCCAUAGUUGUUAUAACUAUGGGAUCUACAACAACCACGGCAUCUACAGCAGUUCCUACAACAACCACGGCAUCUACAACAGUUCCUACAUUUACUACGAUAUCUACAACAGUUCCUACGACCACAGCAUCUACAACGACCACGGCAUCUACAACAGUUCCUACAACGACCACGACAUCUACGACAGUUCCUACGAUUACCACGACAUAUACAACAGUUCCUACAACAACCACAGCAUCGACAACAGAUCCUACAACAACCACGGCAUCUACAACAGCUCCUACAACGACCAGGACAUCUACAACAGUUCCUAUAACAACUAUGGGAUCUACAACAACCACGGCAUCUACAGCAGUUCCUACAACAACCACGGCAUCUACAACAGUUCCUACAUUUACUACGAUAUCUACAACAGUUCCUACGACCACAGCAUCUACAACGACCACGGCAUCUGCAAUAGUUUCCACAACAACCACGGCAUCUACAACAACCACGGCAUCUACAGCAGUUCCUACAACAACCACGGCAUCUACAUUCCUACAACGACCACGACAUCUACAACAGUUCCUACAACAACCACGGCAUCUACAACAGUUCCUACAACAACCACGACAUCUACAGCAGUUCCUACAACUACCACGACAUCUACAACAGUUCCUACAACUACCACGGCAUCCACAGCAGUUCCUACAACUACCACGACAUCUAUAACUGUUCCUACAACUACCACGACAUCUACAAAAGUUCCUACAACAACCACGACAUCUACAACAGUUCAUACAACAACCACGGCAUCUACAACAGUUCCCACAACAACCACGACAUCUAUAGCAGUUCCUACAACGGCCACGACAUCUACAACAGUUCCUACAACGACCACAUUUAUAACAGUUCCUACAACUACCUCAACAUCUACAACAGUUCCUACAACCACAACAUCUACAACAGUUCCAACAACAACAACGGCAUCUACAACAGUUCCUAUAACAACUAUGGGAUCUACAACAACCACAGCAUCUACAGCAGUUCCUACAACUACCACGACAUCUACAGCAGUUCCUACAACAACCACGGCAUCUACAACAGUUCCUACAACCACCACGGCAUCUACAACGACCACGGCAUCUACAACAGUUCCUACAACUACUACGGCAUCUACAACAGUUCCUACAACGACCAUGGCAUCUACAACAUUUCCUACAACAACCACGACAUCUACAGCAGUUCCUACAACUACCACAUCUACAGCAGUUCCUACAACUACUACGGCAUCUACAACAGUUCCUACAACUACCACAUCUACAACAGUUCCUACAACUACCACGGCAUCUACAACAGUUCCUACAACGACCAUGGCAUCUACAACGACCACAGCAUCUACAACAGUUCCUACAAAUACCACGGCAUCUACAACAGUUCCUACAACGACCACCGCAACUAUAACAGUUCCUACAACGACCACGACAUCUACAAACGUUCCUACAAAAUCCACGGCAUCUAUAACAACAACGACAUCUACAGCAGUUCCUACAACGACCACGACUUCUACAACAUUCCUACAACUACCACAUCUACAGCAGUUCCUACAACUACUACGGCAUCUACAACAGUUCCUACAACAACCACGACAUCUACAGCAGUUCCUACAACUACCACAUCUACAACAGUUCCUACAACGACCAUGGCAUCUACAACGACCACAUCAUCUACAACAGUUCCUACAACAACCACGACAUCUACAGCAGUUCCUACAACUACCACGGCAUCUACAACAGUUCCUACAUCUACCACAUCUACAACAUUCCUACAACGACCACGGCAUCUACAACGACCACGGCAUCUACAGGAGUUCCCUCAACAACCACGACAUCUACAGCAGUUCCUACAACUACCACGGCAUCUACAACAGUUCCUACAACAACCACGGCAUCUACAACAGUUCCUACAUCGACCACGGCAUCUACAACAGUUCCUACAUCGACCACGGUAUCCACAACAAUUCCUACAACGACCAUGACAUUUACAACAGUUCCUACAACUACCACAUCUACAACAGUUCCUACAACGACCACGGCAUCUACAACGACCACUGCAUCUUCAACAGUUCCUACAACAACCACGACAUCUACAGCAGUUCCUACAACUACCACGACAUCUACAGCAGUUCCUACAACUACCACGGCUUCUACAACACGUCCUACAACUACCAUGACGUCUACAACAGUUUCUACAACAACAACGACAUCUACAGACGUUCCUACAACUACCACGACAUCUACAGCAGUUCCUACAACAACCACGGUAUCUACAGCAGUUCCUACAACUACCACGACAUCUACAGCAGUUCCUACAACUACCACGACAUACACAGCAGUUCCUACAACUACCACGGCCUCUACAACAGUUCCUACAACUACCAUGGCAUCUACAACAGUUCCUACAAAAUCCACGGCAUCUAUAACAACAACGACAUCUACAGCAGUUCCUACAACAACGACCACGACUUCUACAACAUUCCUACAACGACCACGGCAGCUAUAACAGUUCCUACAACGACCACGACAUCUACAAACUUCCUUCAACGACCACAUCUACAACAUUCCUACAACGACCACGGCAUCUACAACGACCACGGCAUCUACAACAGUUCCUACAACUACUACGGCAUCUACAACAGUUCCUACAACGACCAUGGCAUCUACAACAUUUCCUACAACAACCACGACAUCUACAGCAGUUCCUACAACUACCACAUCUACAGCAGUUCCGACAACUACUACGGCAUCUACAACAGUUCCUACAACUACCACAUCUACAACAUUUCCUACAACUACCACGGCAUCUACAACAGUUCCUACAACGACCAUGGCAUCUACAACGACCACAGAAUCUACAACAGUUCCUACAACAACCACGAUAUCUACAGCAGUUCCUACAUCUACCACGUCAUCUACAACAGUUCCUACAACGACCACGGCAUCUACAACUACCACGACAUCUACAGCAGUUCCUACAACAACCACAGCAUCUACAACAGUUCCAACAACAACCACGGCAUCUACAACAGUUCCUACAACAACCACGACAUCUACAGCAGUUCCUACAACUACCACGACAUCUACAGCAGUUCCUACAACUACCACGGCCUCUACAACAGUUCCUACAACUACCACGGCAUCUACAACAGUUCCUACAACUACCAUGGCAUCUACAACAGUUCCUACAAAAUCCACGGCAUCUAUAACAACAACGACAUCUACAGCAGUUCCUACAACGACCACGACUUCUACAACAGUUCCUACAACUACCACAUCUACAACAUUUCCUACAAAUACCACGACAUCUACAGCAGUUCCUACAACGACCACGACAUCUACAAACGUUCCUACAACAACCACGGCAUCUACAGACGUUCCUACAACUACCACGACAUCUACAGCAGUUCCUACAACUACCACGGCAUCUAUAACAGUUCCUACAACGACCACGGCAACUAUAACAGUUCCUACAACGACCACGACAUCUACAAAAGUUCCUACAACAACCACGGCAUCUACAACAGUUCAUACAACGAACACGGCAUUUACAACAGUUCCUACCACAACCACGACAUCUACAACAGUUCCUACAACGACCACAUCUAUAACAGUUCCUACAACGACCUCAACAUCUACAGCAGUUCCUACAAUAACCACGGCAUCUACAACAGUUCCUACAACCACCACGACAUCUACAACAGUUCCUACAACCAUCACAUCUACAACAGUUCCUACAACUACCACGACAUCUACAACAGUUCCUACAACCACCACGGCAUCUACAACGACCACGGCAUCUACAACAGUUCCUACAACUACUACGGCAUCUACAACUGUUCCUACAACGACCAUGGCAUCUACAACAGUUCCUACAACAACCACGACAUCUACAGCAGUUCCUACAACUACCACAUCUACAGCAGUUCCUACAACUACUACGGCAUCUACAACAGUUCCUACAACGACCACAUCUAUAACAGUUCCUACAACGACCUCGACAUCUACAGCAGUUCCUACAAUAUCCACGGCAUCCACAACAGUUCCUACAACCACCACGACUUCUACAACAGUUCCUACAACCACCACAUCUACAACAGUUCCUACAACUACCACGACAUCUACAACAGUUCCUACAACCACCACGGCAUCUACAACGACCACGGCAUCUACAACAGUUCCUACAACUACUACGGCAUCUACAACAGUUCCUACAACGACCAUGGCAUCUACAACAGUUCCUACAACAACCACGACAUCUACAGCAGUUCCUACAACUACCACAUCUACAGCAGUUCCUACAACUACUACGGCAUCUACAACAGUUCCUACAACUACCACAUCUACAACAGUUCCUACAACUACCACGGCAUCUACAACAGUUCCUACAACGACCACGGCAUCUACAACGACCACAGCAUCUACAACAGUUCCUACAACAACCACGACAUCUACAGCAGUUCCUACAACUACCACGGCAUCUACAACAGUUCCUACAUCUGCCACAUCUACAACAGUUCCUACAACUACCACGUCAUCUACAACAGUUCCUACAACGACCACGGCAUCUACAACAGUUCCCUCAACAACCACGACAUCUACAGCAGUUCCUACAACUAUCACGGCAUCUACAACAGUUCCUACAAUGAUCGGAUCUAUAACAGUUCCUACAACGACCUCGACAUCUACAACAGUUGCUACAACAACCACGGCAUCUACAACAGUUCCUACAUCGACCACGGCAUCUACCACAGUUCCUACAUCGACCACGGUAUCCACAACAGUUCCUACAACGACCAUGACAUCUACAACAGUUCCUACAACUACCACAUCUACAACAGUUCCUACAACGACCACGGCAUCUACAACGACCACUGCAUCUCCAACAGUUCCUACAACAACCACGACAUCUACAGCAGUUCCUACAACUACCACGACAUCUACAGCAGUUCCUACAACUACCACGGCUUCUACAACACGUCCUAUAACUACCAUGACGUCUACAGCAGUUUCUUCAACAACAACGACAUCUACAAAAGUUCCUACAACAACCACGGCAUCUACAACAGUUCAUACAACGACCACGGCAUUUACAACAGUUCCUACAACAACCACAUCUAUAACAGUUCCUACAACGACCUCGACAUCUACAACAGUUGCUACAACAACCACGGCAUCUACAACAGUUCCUACAUCGACCACGGCAUCUACCACAGUUCCUACAUCGACCACGGUAUCCACAACAGUUCCUACAACGACCAUGACAUCUACAACAGUUCCUACAACUACCACAUCUACAGCAGUUCCUACAACUACCACGUCAUCUACAACAGUUCCUACAACGACCACGGCAUCUACAACGACCACGGCAUCUACAGGAGUUCCCUCAACAACCACGACAUCUACAGCAGUUCCUACAACUACCACGGCAUCUACAACAGUUCCUACAACAACCACGGCAUCUACAACAGUUCCUACAUCGACCACGGCAUCUACAACAGUUCCUACAUCGACCACGGUAUCCACAACAGUUCCUACAACGACCAUGACAUCUACAACAGUUCCUACAACUACCACAUCUACAACAGUUCCUACAACGACCACGGCAUCUACAACGACCACUGCAUCUGCAACAGUUCCUACAACAACCACGACAUCUACAGCAGUUCCUACAACUACCACGGCAUCUACAACAGUUCCUACAUCUACCACAUCUACAACAGUUCCUACAACUACCACGUCAUCUACAACAGUUCCUACAACGACCACGGCAUCUACAACGACCACGGCAUCUACAGGAGUUCCCUCAACAACCACGACAUCUACAGCAGUUCCUACAACUACCACGGCAUCUACAACAGUUCCUACAACAACCACGGCAUCUACAACAGUUCUUACAUCGACCACGGCAUCUACAACAGUUCCUACAUCGACCACGGUAUCCACAACAGUUCCUACAACGACCAUGACAUCUACAACAGUUCCUACAACUACCACAUCUACAACAGUUCCUACAACGACCACGGCAUCUACAACGACCACUGCAUCUCCAACAGUUCCUACAACAACCACGACAUCUACAGCAGUUCCUACAACUACCACGACAUCUACAGCAGUUCCUACAACUACCACGGCUUCUACAACACGUCCUACAACUACCAUGACGUCUACAGCAGUUUCUACAACAACAACGACAUCUACAGACGUUCCUACAACUACCACGACAUCUACAGCAGUUCCUACAACUACCACGGCAUCUAUAACAGUUCCUACAACGACCACGGCAACUAUAACAGUUCCUACAACGACCACGACAUCUACAAAAGUUCCUACAACAACCACGGCAUCUACAACAGUUCAUACAACGAACACGGCAUUUACAACAGUUCCUACCACAACCACGACAUCUACAACAGUUCCUACAACGACCACAUCUAUAACAGUUCCUACAACGACCUCGACAUCUACAGCAGUUCCUACAAUAACCACGGCAUCUACAACAGUUCCUACAACCACCACGACAUCUACAACAGUUCCUACAACCAUCACAUCUACAACAGUUCCUACAACUACCACGACAUCUACAACAGUUCCUACAACCACCACGGCAUCUACAACGACCACGGCAUCUACAACAGUUCCUACAACUACUACGGCAUCUACAACUGUUCCUACAACGACCAUGGCAUCUACAACAGUUCCUACAACAACCACGACAUCUACAGCAGUUCCUACAACUACCACAUCUACAGCAGUUCCUACAACUACUACGGCAUCUACAACAGUUCCUACAACGACCACAUCUAUAGCAGUUCCUACAACGACCUCGACAUCUACAGCAGUUCCUACAAUAACCACGGCAUCUACAACAGUUCCUACAACCACCACGACUUCUACAACAGUUCCUACAACCACCACAUCUACAACAGUUCCUACAACUACCACGACAUCUACAACAGUUCCUACAACCACCACGGCAUCUACAACGACCACGGCAUCUACAACAGUUCCUACAACUACUACGGCAUCUACAACAGUUCCUACAACGACCAUGGCAUCUACAACAGUUCCUACAACAACCACGACAUCUACAGCAGUUCCUACAACUACCACAUCUACAGCAGUUCCUACAACUACUACGGCAUCUACAACAGUUCCUACAACUACCACAUCUACAACAGUUCCUACAACUACCACGGCAUCUACAACAGUUCCUACAACGACCACGGCAUCUACAACGACCACAGCAUCUACAACAGUUCCUACACCAACCACGACAUCUACAGCAGUUCCUACAACUACCACGGCAUCUACAACAGUUCCUACAUCUGCCACAUCUACAACAGUUCCUACAACUACCACGUCAUCUACAACAGUUCCUACAAUGACCACGGCAUCUACAACAGUUCCCUCAACAACCACGACAUCUACAGCAGUUCCUACAACUACCACGGCAUCUACAACAGUUCCUACAACGAUCGGAUCUAUAACAGUUCCUACAACGACCUCGACAUCUACAACAGUUGCUACAACAACCACGGCAUCUACAACAGUUCCUACAUCGACCACGGCAUCUACCACAGUUCCUACAUCGACCACGGUAUCCACAACAGUUCCUACAACGACCAUGACAUCUACAACAGUUCCUACAACUACCACAUCUACAACAGUUCCUACAACGACCACGGCAUCUACAACGACCACUGCAUCUCCAACAGUUCCUACAACAACCACGACAUCUACAGCAGUUCCUACAACUACCACGACAUCUACAGCAGUUCCUACAACUACCACGGCUUCUACAACACGUCCUAUAACUACCAUGACGUCUACAGCAGUUUCUUCAACAACAACGACAUCUACAGAAGUUCCUACAACUACCACGACAUCUACAGCAGUUCCUACAACUACCACGGCAUCUACAACACUUCCUACAACUACCAUGACGUCUACAGCAGUUCCUACAACAACAACGACAUCUACAGUAGUUCCUACAACUACCACGACUUCUACAACAGUUCCUACAACUACCACGGCAUCUACAACACUUCCUACAACUACCAUGACGUCUACAGCAGUUCCUACAACUAUCACGACUUCUACAACAGUUCCUACAACUACCACGGCAUCUACAACACUUCCUACAACUACCAUGACGUCUACAGCAGUUCCUACAACUACCACGGCUUCUACAACACUUCCUACAACUACCAUGACGUCUACAGCAGUUUCUACAACAACAACGACAUCUACAGAAGUUCCUACAACUACCACGGCAUCUACAACACUUCCUACAACUACCAUGACAUCUACAACAGUUCCUACAACAACAACGACAUCUACAGUAGUUCCUACAACUACCAUGACAUCUACAGCAGUUCCUACAGCUAUGGUUAUAACAACUACUGAAGACAGAGUAUGCCAGAACAUCCCUGGAGCGUCGUGUCUUGUCCCCAAAUGUGACCCAGCCCGUGUCGUCCCAGACAAGGAUUGCUCGACAGGUUUCCAAUGCUGUUUGGUCUAGAGCCACGUGCCUUCUAUGCUGCUUGGUCUAAGGUGCAUACCUCCCAUGCCGCACUGUCUAACGAUACAUAAUGUAUAGUUAAUAAAAUAGGAAUUUGAAAACGAAACCGUUGAGAUUUUAAAUUCAGUUGUGUGU